AUGCAAUAUUAUAUUUUAUCGCAAACACGCGCCUAUAUAACGCGGUAUUUUAUGCGACAAAACAUAAUAUAUAAUAAUUUUCUGCCUCUACCGCAGUCAAAUCGCGCGCCAUACCUACAACAAUGUGUAUAUUAUUCGACAAAUAAAUUAAUAAAAGUAACAUUUAUCUUCCAAAAUGGCAAUGAAAAGGUAGUUUCUGUUGAAAGCGGUACAUCCAUCCUAGAGGCCGCUCACAAAAAUGACAUAGAGCUCGAAGGUGCCUGUGACGGUUGCCUUGCCUGUUCAACAUGCCACGUUAUUCUGGAACAGAAAGUUUUUGACAGAUUACCCGAACCUUCGGAAGCUGAAUUUGACAUGUUAGAUUUGGCCCCCUGCCUAACUGAUACCUCCAGACUUGGGUGUCAGGUAAAGUUGGAUGAGGGGAUGGAUGGGAUCAAAAUUAAGUUGCCUCAGAUAACUCGGAAUUUUUAUGUGGAUGGGCACAUUCCACAAGCCCAUUGA